AUGAUUCGAAGUUUAAUACUCGUUGUCAUUGUUCUUCUAAUUGGAUGUUAUAGUACAAAUGCUAUAAAAUGUUACGUAUGUGGUGGAGAUAACGCAUGUGCAGAUCCAUAUACCAAAGACCCAGCAAAACUUGUAGAUGUAGGAGCUGGAUUUGAUCGAUGUUUGAAAUCAAAAGUUGAUGGAGUCGUAACAAGAGGGGCUACAGAAAGUGUAGCGUGUAAACUACUGAUUGAUGGUGACAACAAAUGCAAAACAAAGACAGAAGGCGGUAAAAAAGGUACAGCUUGCUGUUGUAAAGGUGAUGGCUGUAAUGGAACAUCAUCGUUGAAAUAUGGUAUACUAAUGGUUUUGGUCAUUCCAGUGCUGGUUCCAUUUGUCAAUUAUCUAUUUUAA